CUUUAUUGUGCCGUAAAUCCUGAUGACUACCGCAAGAUCUCUUGCUGCUCAACUGCCAAAGAGAUGUGGGAUAAACUUGAGGUGACGUACGAAGGAACGGACCAAGUACGUGAAGCCAAGAUUGACUUCCUCACCCAAGAAUAUGAGAUGUUCAGGAUGAAGGAGCACGAGAAGAUCGAUGAUAUGUUCGACCGUUUUUCCAAGAUAGUCAACGAUCUCCAUGCAUUAAAGAAAACAUACACCGACAGGGAUCUUGUGCGAAAGAUCCUACGGAGCUUGACAUCCGAAUGGCGAUCCAAGGCCGAUGCCAUCUAUGAAUCAAUCGGCACAUCAAAUGUCACCAUCGACGGUCUAAGAGUCAAGCUUGUCAUGAAGAAGUUUUGUAAACUUCUAAGGAAGAAAGAAAAGGUUGAGGAUGGCCCUGUGUGCUAUGGAUGUGGUGAAGCCGGGCACAUCAAGAAUAAAUGCCCGAAAAGCGGAAGGAAUGCUCGGCAAAAGGCAUAUAUCUCUUGGGGUGGCGACUCCGGCGACGAGUCAACCGAUCAAGACGAUGAUGAAACUGCCAACCUCUGUCUCAUGGCACACGAAGACCAAACCGACGAUGUACAAGAG